AUGCACCUUGAGCAGCGAGAAUUGGAACCUGGCAGCACAACUCAAUGCACAAAUAACAUCAACAAUGAACAGAGAUAUAGACCUAAAUUUCUUAAUUCAAGAGAUGGAUCCAUUAAAUACAGAACAAAUAGUCUAAUACCUCACAGACCAAUUGGACUCACCAAUGGAGAAUACCUGGAUGAACCACUUAGACCAGGAACAAUACAAGGAAUCGAAUAUACUGAGGAUGGAGAAUUACUCAUCUUCCAAGAAAUCAAAUGCCAAUAUAAAGCUCCAAGAACAUCUAUGGCAUCUACGAAGAAUGGGAUUGAUUGGGAUCUGAUAGUGGAAGAUGAAUGGGAGGAAGAAAAAUGGACAGAGAGUGAAGGAACAGAGUUGGUUAGCAACAAGGAGUCGGAAACGGAAGAAAUACAAAGUGGAUCAAAAGACAAAAAAAGAAAACAAUCUACGGAAUCCAGAUCCACAGGAUUGAAGCUCUCCAUGAAGCCUCCAAAGGAAAGAAAAUCCCAAGAACAAUUGUCCACAGAACUUAAGAAAAUGUUCAGCAGCUCAGAACGUGCUGAGAAAUUUAGAAGAAAGUGGAAGGAGAGAAAAGAUAAAGAGGAGGAAAAGAAAUGGAGGGAGAUAUGGGAUGAAAUAAGAAAAGAGAUGGAGUUAGAAUUAAAAGGAAGGGGACGACUAAGUAAAGAGAUGUAUUAUAGGAUGGGAAAAAUACUAAUAGAUUUUAAAAAGGGAAAGAAAGACAUUCCAAGACAUCGCGGCAGAACGGCGAUAAAAGUUUAUUUGACGUAUAAAGAUAAUGAAGAAUUCGAUGAUGGGAUAAAAAUAAGAGAAAUUAACAAAGAAAAAAAGGCGGGAUUAAAAGA